CUGGAUCGGGGUUGGGUUGAAGCCCAAAGGCGGAGCUUGCCAGACUACCGCAACAGGGAUUGGCUCUCGGCUUUCCUUGCCUGCCUAUUGAAUUUAGAGUGGUGGGAACAGUGUGAUUGACGGUGAUUAAGAUGGCGGCGCUUACCGUUAUUCCGGAUACGGGCAGUGUUCGCAAGGCAGUGUGUCUCAUCAAUUUUAUAGACACAGGAAGGUUCUCUCGGUUGCUCGCCCACAUCCUUCAGAAGCUUCAUCUAAAGGCUGAGAGUACUUUCACAGAAGAGGAAGAAGAAAAGCUUCAAGCUGCUUUCUCAGUGGAGAAGCAAGAUCUCCAUCUUGUCCUUGAAACCAUUACAUUCAUUUUGGAACAGGCUGUGUAUCACAACUUGAAGCCAACCAUUCUGCAACAGCAGCUGGAGCAUUCCAAAGUGGAUCACGAUAAAGCAGAAGUGUUUGCCACUACAUGGGCUGCUGCAGGCCCAGAGACAGUGGAAAAGUUCAGACAGAGGAUUUUGUCACCCCAGAAGCUUGAGACAGUUGGCUGGCAGUUUAACCUUCAGAUGGCUCAAUCUACACAAGCAAAACAAAAAUCUCCUCAAGCUGUGUUAGAACUUGGAGUGAGCAAUGAAGAAUCAAAGAUCAUGGAGAAAGUGUUUGUGGAAUUCAGUCAUCAAGAACUGUUUGAGUUCUAUAACAAGUUGGAGACAAUACAAGCACAACUGGAUUCUCUUACAUGAUACUGUGUGAAGAAGACUAUUUUCUCCCAUCACAUUCCUCUCACUUCAAUAUUGAAGAUUGAUUGGCUGACAGUAGUUGCUGAAGAACUCAGUUGGUUGCUGUCAGUAAAUGGCUUAUCUCUUCUUUGACUGGUAGUGUUAACCAAAUGAAAUCAUUGUUAAGAACACUAAAGUUCUAAUUGACUUCUUUGUCUUUUCAGAGUCCUCAGUGAAUUCUAGGGGGUGGGGCAGGGAUAUGCUAUAUUGUUCUGCUGUUCUUUGAAUUAUUUUGAAGUGUACUUAUGAUGUUUUUCAUUUUGAUUAUAUUUUUUGCAUAGAAUAUGGUAAUUUAAAUAAGAUUGGAAGACUGUAAAGGAAACUUGUAGCAUUGUUGCUGAAAAGUGAAAAAUGUAUUGCUUGCUAAACAAUAGAAAAAGGUAACUAAACAAACCACAGGUAAAAUGUUAGCCUCAGUAAUUAUGUCUUAUUGAUUAAAAAAUAGAGAUAA